CAACCCUUUUUCUAUUGCUUCCCAGGAAACUUGAAACCCAUUUCAUAUUCCCACUAAGACCAAAGUAAUUUCACAGUUUUGAAGCAAAAGACCCUUUUCUGAACUUGAGUUUUUCUCUUCUUUUCCUUCCAAUUUUCCGAGAAUCUUUACAAAGAAAAUCCACUAGGGAGUGUAUUUGAGUUUUUUUCCAUGUUGGGGGUGGGAGGGAUGAUGGUGAAGAAGCUUUGUUGCUUUAAGUGGGUUGCCCUCUGUAGUCUACUACUCGCAGCUGUUGUUUCCUCCAAGCACCAUGGAAAUCCUGCAAAUGAUCUCGUUGACAUUAUCAACAAAAACCGGACAGCUCAAAAGCUUCCUCAGCUAAACAAUAGUCCUGGUCUUGGGUGUAUUGCCUUGCAGUAUGUAGAGGAAUGCAAGGGGAACUGCACUAGCAACAAUACUGUCAAUUGUCAGCCUCCAGAAGAUGACUUCACAGAAGUUUUUGCUCCCAAUUGUGGCGUGGAGCUGCCCACUUUUGGCACCAUAUCUGGCUAUAUUGUGGGGUGUCAACAUAAGUAUCUUGAACCAUCGGAAGCCUUCUCGCACGUGCUUGUUCACAACCAGAAAAGCCAUUCUCUUGUGACAAACAGAACACAUACUGAAGUGGGUGUGGGCAUUAUUGGGAGCCAUAAGCAUAAAGGACCUUACUUUUGGUGUGUUUUAUUCAGUAACAGCCAGAAAAAUACUACAUUUGUUCUUGAAGACCUUGGUGUGGGGAUCAAGCAAAAGAAAGGGUGCUAUAGUGGAACCAGUAUUCCAUGCAGCAGGGGACACAAGAAUACAGGUGUGUUUUUCAACAACAUUUGGACCAUAGUUUUUGCUAUAUAUCUGUUAAUUACAACAAUUGUACCUCAGUCCAUCCUUAAACAUAUGAACACUCUACCAUGCUCUUGAAGAUUUUGUCACAUUUUAGCAAGAUAGUAAUCUGUAAACACCUUCAAAAUGCAAAUUUUGGGUGAUUUUUCCUUAUCCUUGAUUUCAUUUCCGUUUUUUAUUUUGGCAACAUUAAAUGGUUUUGAAGUUCUGUUGUGGAAUAGACAUGAG